AUGAGGUCCUACGACGGUGAAAGCAGCUCGGGUGACGAGGACGAUCGCAGGGAGGGAGGUCCUCACGAUGCCCACAUUCAACAAGGCACCUGGCAAAGGUCUUCGUCCCAUCCAACAUGGGCGUGGGAUCAUCGAGCCGCUCACCAGCUGCCGUCUCAGGGAACAGGGUCACUUGAGUCGAUGGGAUAUCCGCCCCCCGGGGGUUCGCACCCAAGUACAGGGCUGCCCUCGUCGACAGGCUAUUCCUCGGAACACCCGCAGGGAACAGCGGGUCGACGAACACCCCUGGGAGCUGUGGGUCUCGGCGGAUUUUACUUCCAGCAACAGCCGCAGCCGCAGUCAUCCGCGGCCAGUUUGUCCGACGAGAACAGACCUGACCAUGAAAGACCUGGUGUAUCGCGGCUGAAUUGCAGUCCGCCGAAAACCAAGACAACAAGACAGGGGAAAAGCGUACGCCUGAACAUAAACGCGAGGGAACGACGCAGGAUGCACGACUUGAACGACGCCCUGGACGAACUUCGUUCCGUUAUACCAUAUGCUCACAGUCCGUCCGUGAGAAAGCUAUCGAAAAUCGCUACCUUGCUUUUAGCAAAAAAUUACAUACUCAUGCAAGGCAAUGCUCUUGAGGAACUAAGACGUGUCAUCGCUGUUCUCCAGUCACCGCAUGCGCACACAACCGCCUUACCACCAACCCCUGCAUCGUACGAUCUUCUGCACGGUUUUCCAGGAAAACUCUUUCAGGGGGUUCAAGGCGUGGUUCAAGGAACCGGGACGGUGAACGUUUCCACGUCGAAUUCUUCUCAAGCAGUAAGUGCUGGCGGAGGGCUGGUGGACAGUGCCGGCGGGAGUGGCGAAUCGACGUAGAAGAAAUAUCGCCAAGAGAAAUGAGAGUCGAGUCGGAAAGUAGAGCCGUGGAGUGAAGUAUAGAUAUAUUAUGCGCUAGAAGUUAUUUAACAAAAGCAUAUAACAAGAUAGAAAAAAUUAAAGUAAUCUAAGUCAAAGACGAGAAUUUUUGAAUUUACUAACUAUGUACGUG